AUGUGUUUGCGUCACGGCUCCGAGAGACCAGCGGCCAAUGGGACCUACCCGCUCGCGGGCUCCCGAUGGGCGGCAGCAUGCGCAGGAGGAGAAAAGGGGCGGGACCCGAGGGGGGGCGGGGCCCUGGAGUCACCCAGUGUUUUGAAAUUUACAACUGAUAACAAAAAUGAUUUUCUGAUCUGUUUUUGUUUUCAGACCCUGCUACAAUAUGCUGGCAAUCAGGGUGCUUCGGAGCAAGUUUUGCCUUUUUUGGAAGUAUAUCGAGUCGCCAUUCAGAGCUUUGCCAGUGCCCGACCUUACUUGACUACAGAAUGUGAAGAAGUUCUUCUGGUACUUGGCAGGCUAGUAUUGAGCUGUUUUGAACAACUGCUGUCUGUGCCUGAAAGUGAAGAGCUGUCUGAACCAUUUUUAAGAUUGUGUCAGUCCAUACAGGACUCCCAUAAUGCUUUACUUGAGUUUGGAGACAAUAGCCUUGAAAUUCUAGCUGAUAUCUCAAAAGAAGGUGUAUGGAAGAAUCCAGUUCUUUUAAAGAUUAUUUCACAGCAGCCAGUAGAAGCAGAAGAAGUGAAUCAAUUGAUUAAACGUGAAGGGCUGACAUUUCUGCAAAUGAGAAUAAAACAUUUAAUGAAGACAAACCAUCUUCCUCAAGCUGCUUCCUUGUCCAAAUUGUGUAAAGAGUCUACAGAAAUUCCAGAUGUCUCUCCUUUUCUUCAGGCCUAUAUAACAUGCUUGUGCUCCAUGCUUCCAAAUGAAGAGUCCAUCAAAGAGAUUUCCAAAGUGGACUGCAAAGAGGUCCUAGAUAUGAUAUGCAAUUUGGAAGCUGAAGGCCAAGACAGCACUGCUUUUAUUCUUUGUACAACAUAUUUCACUCAGCAGCUUCAAACAGCAAGUGUAUACUGCUCUUGGGAACUAACUCUGUUUUGGAGCAAAUUACAAAGAAGAAUCGACCCAUCUUUAGAUUCCUUUCUGGAGCGAUGUCGGCAGUUUGGUAUCAUUGCCAGAACAUUGCAACACUUGUUCUUCCUCAUAAGAGUCAUACAAGCUGAAGCAGAAGAAGCUGGCCUUGCUGUAUCUGUCUUGCUCUGUGUGAGAGCUCUGCAGCUCAGGUCCAAUGAAAAUGAUGACAUGAAGAGUUCUGUUUGCAAAACAAUUGCAUGCCUUCUGCCAGAAGACCUUGAGGUUAGAAGGGCAUGCCAGCUCACAGAAUACUUACUGGAGCCAAGUGAAGAGGGGUACAGUUUACUAGAAGAACUAUAUCUGCAACCAGAUCAGAAAUUUGAUGAAGAAAAUGCGCCAGUUCCAAACUCACUCCGUUGUGAGCUUCUGUUAGCUUUGAAGGCCUACUGGCCCUUUGAUCCAGAAUUUUGGGACUGGAAAACUUUAAAGCGCCAUUGUCUCAAAUUGUUGGGGAAAGAAGUUUCUGAGUCAGAGGAUGACCUGAGUUGCAAUGAGAUGUCAUUCAAUGAAACUGAGCUGUUAGAUAGUCUCCCGAGUGACUGUGAAGAAAGUAGAGAAGAGAAUAAUUUUGAAAGUCAUUAUUUAAAUCAGCCCAAAGAGAGAGUAAGAGUCAAAAAGCCAAUUGGCUCCUCAGAGAGAUAUCAGAGAUGGCUUCAGUACAAGUUCUUCUGUGUCAUUUGCAAACGGGAGUGUAUAGAGGCUCGAAUACUUCACCAUUCUAAGAUGCAUAUGGAAGAUGGUAUUUUUACGUGCCCAGUAUGUACCAAAAAGUUUAAGAGGAAGGAUGUCUUUGUGACACAUGUCAUGGAGCAUGUGAAAAUGCCCCCCAGUAGAAAAUACCGUGCGGAAAAGAAGUUGCUGUUGAAGAAAGAGAGACUGUCCAAGAGCAACCUAUCCAGAAUUGCUUCUGCAGCACUUGAAGAAAAUCACCCCCUGAAAAUAAUUUCUUGUGAAAAACCCAGAAGUGACUCACAGGACUAUGUAACAUUUAGCAAGCUAGAAGGUUGUCAUCUGCAAGACAGAGACCUGUACCCGUGCCCAGGCACAGAUUGCUCCAGAGUGUUCAAGCAGUUUAAGUACUUAAGUGUUCACCUAAAAGCUGAACACCAGAACAACGAUGAAAAUGCAAUGCACUACUUGGACAUGAAGAACAGGCGUGAGAAGUGCUCCUACUGCAGGCGGCAUUUCAUGUCUGCCUUUCACCUGCAGGAGCACGAACAAGUCCACAGCGGCCCUCAGCCUUACAUGUGUGUCUCUGUGGGUUGUUAUGCUAGAUUUGGCUCAGUGAAUGAGCUGCUGCAUCAUAAGCAGCAGCAUGAUGAUCUGCGUUAUAAGUGUGAACUGAAUGGAUGUAACAUUGUGUUCAGUGACUUGGGGCAGCUGUACCAUCAUGAAGCCCAGCAUUUUCGAGAUGCUUCUUAUACAUGUAAUUUCCAUGGCUGUAAAAAGUUCUACUAUUCAAAAACUGAGUUAACGAAUCAUCUUUCAGUGCACAUUUCAAAUGGGGAAAUGAAGGAGGUGCCUGUUAAACAAGAAGGUAAUGCUUCUCGGGACAGUCUUGCCUGCCUUUCAGAUUUUGAUGGGUUUGAACACAAAGAGUCUUCUGAUCAGCACGAAAAUUGUAGUUUGCCUUCUGGAUCUACAAAGAGAGAGGGAAUACUGGAAGUGAAACAAGAGCCUCUUUCUGAUGGAGAAGUGGGUGGCAAAAAUAAUGGCAGUUUGGAAAGUAAUACUGCAUCCCUGGCCAGUGAGAAACAGAUGACCUCAGUAACUGACCCUGUGGAUCGAGGCCAGGCUGUUUCAGGGGCUGCGCUACCUCAUGAGAAGGCCUUCCUUCCUUCCAAUUUAAAAGAGCGUUACUCAAACGUGGCUGUCUAUUUUGAUGGGAAAAAGUUUACCUGUGGUUUUGAAGGCUGUGGAUCAACAUACAAAAAUUCAAAGGGCAUGCAAAAACAUCUACGAAGGGCCCAUCCGUACCAUUUCAAGCCAAGAAGGAAAGCUAAAGGUGUCAGUCAGGUCAGUGAAAGUCAGCACGCAGGCAUAGUUGGAGAGAUUAGCUCAGAGCUCCGACAUACAGACUCUCCGGACAUUGCAGAUUUUAUUGCUGUCUCUAAAAGCAAAAACUAUUUAAAGGAAGAACUGUGCCCUUCUUCCCCAGAAUCCUCAUUCUUUGUACAUUCAAAAAUGUCCAGUACUGAAGACAACAUGUUGGAACUGCUCUUGGGCUUGAAGCACUUAAGUUUAAAGAAUUCUAGUGGUCAUAAUUCUUCCAGGUUGUUGCAGUCCUAUUCAUCCAAGUGCCCCAACUCUGAAGACGAAUCUACCUCUGACCAUUUUCCCGAAGAACAGAGCGGCAAGCUCCCAACCCAAUACCUUACCCAGUUGGCUGCCAAGCCAUUUUUCUGCGAGCGUCAAGGCUGCACGUGUGAAUUUGUGACCAGAGAGGCGUUGCUGACGCAUUAUGUUAGAAAACAUAAUUAUUCAAAAGAAAUGGUGCUUCAGUUGAACAUGUUCCAACAUCGGUAUUCACCUUUUAAAUGUCAUAUUUGCCAAAGAUCCUUUACAAGAAAAACACAUCUUAGGGUCCAUUACAGAAACAAGCAUAAGCUUGGCAGUGUGACAGCCACCCAGAAACUAUUUGCAAAUGAAAGUUUUGAGGAUAUGAGCGAAUGUGCUGAGGACAUGCUGAACAGCACAGUGGAUUCAAUGACUGCUUUCUAUGCCAGUACAGAUACAGAACUUGACAACAAAGCCAAACUCACUGCGGAACAGCACCGUCAUUCCAAGAAGGAAGACUUCAGUUCUGAAACCGAUCUGGAAUCCAGCGAAGAGGCAGAAAGCUGCGUCACUGGAAAGCAAGCUAAGUUAUCAUCUCUGGACAGCCAUAGAAAAGAAUUGGAAGCAAAUGAAGGGAGGGGAAGUAAAAGAACAGUUGCCAAAGGAAACUUAUGUUACAUUUUGCAUAAAUACCACAAACCGUUCCAUUGUAUCCACAAAAAUUGCAAUUCCGCAUUUACUAAUCAGAAAGGGUUGAUUCGCCACUACAGAACUGUGCAUCGGUAUAACAAAGAGCAGCUCUGUCUUGAAAAAGACAAAGCAAGAACCAAGAGGGAACUUGCCAAAUGUAAAAAACUGUUUGUUUGUAAACACAAGGCCUGCAGCAAGCGUUUCCUUUGUUCUAAAUCGCUUGCUAAGCAUUGCAGUGAUUCCCAUACGCUCGAUCAUGAAGACGAUUCAAAAGUGCUUUCUGAAACAGUGAGGUUUCCUUGUCAUCACCCUCACUGUCCAGCUGCGUUUUAUUCUUUCCCCAAGUUAAAGCAUCACCUGACAGAAGAGCAUGAAAAAGAGGAGGACCUGAACAAAGGCACUGAAAUCCAUUGUGAUCUGAAUGGUUGUAACAGAGUUUUCACAACUUACAGCAGCUAUUCUCAACAUGUGUACUUUCGACACAGUGAUUACGAUGGUGUCUUGAGAGGAGCCAAAGAAAAGGGGAACCAUCUUAAAGAUGAAGAAGAGCAAAGGUGCUUAAAAGAUCGGUGUCUCAGGCAAGAUGGAAGUGAGAAAAAGAGGCAGAACAGUGAAAAGGUUGAAAAGAGUAGCAGCAGAAAUAAAGGAAAGCAAUUAUAUACCUUCAGAACAAAGGUAGAAGCCCUACAGAUGUGCAGAGACAAUUGCAACCAAACGCAGUAUCCUUGCAUGGUUCAGGGAUGUCCCUCCGUCGUAAAACUGGAAAGCAGCAUUGUGAGACACUAUAAGCGCACCCAUCAGAUGGCCGGUGCUUAUAUUGAGCAGCAGUAUGACGAGCUUGUUCUGUGUGUUGAAUGCGGCACAGCAGUGAAUGACCUCUGCCUGGAAGCAAGUCCUGGUUCAAACACGGAGGCCAACUCUGACUUUAAACAGGAUGUUGCGGGGCACUCUCCGUGUGAGCACAAAAAGGAGAGGCAUCUUCCUAACUCCAGUUGUGAUGGCGAUGAUAAAGGCAACAAACAUGAUCGGUAUUCUGAAGGGGACGAUUCCCAGGAAGCUGGUGUCCUUGUGUAUUCAGGCACUUUAAAACAUAUCCAUAAUCCCAAAACCAGAUGUUCAGAAGAUUGUAAUCUAGUGGGGUCAUCUCAACAGUCUAAGGGAGAGACAGGGAAUAUGCUGGGAAGUCAUGGACAAGAGAAUGCCUCUUACUGUGCGAGAUCGGAUGUGCAGUUAUCUAGGGAGAAAGAUGCUAACGACUGGCAGUCCUCGCAGCAGAUGAUAAAAAAGCUUCCCUUUCCUACUCCAAAAGAGAAAGUUCAUAAGCCAUCGAUGGCCAAGCCCUUUGAUCUAAAGUCCUUCAAGCCAAUGGGGUUUGAAUCUUCAUUUUUGAAGUUCAUUCAGGAAAGCCAGGAGCGAGAAGAAGAAGAAGAUGAUGACGAUGAUGACCUCCUUGAGAAUGAGUGGGAGCCAGCUGAACCCUAUGGAAUGGGUGGUGUGAUAGAGAAGGCUAAAGACUCCAAACGGGAUAUGUCACAGGGCAGAGGCAUGUAUGAAAAUGUCCCCCCUGCAGCCUUGUCCAAGAAGAACAGUGGCGCCAAAGCUCAUGGGCAGCUGAGAGGAAUGCAGCCCCUCUUAUCCACGGACUCUUCUUCCCUCCCUUCUCUGGAGAACCUGAGGGCCAUAUUGGACAAGGCAUUAACAGACUGUGGGGACCACGCCUUAAAACAACUUCAUUAUUUGCGGCCAGUCGUUGUUCUCGAAAGAUCUAAAUUUUCCCCCUCCCUCAUAGACUUUUUUCCAACAAAAAAAGCAGAUCACCUUUGUGUGGGAAGUUCAUAAAAUGUUGUGUUUAUUUAAAAAAGAAAGAGAGAGAAGAGACUGCCUCCACUACUGGGGAAAUGCUAAAUUUGGUUCAGUGCACAUGUUGUUGAGGUUAGAUUAGACUGUUCAGUUCCAUGAAUGUAUGACAUCUGUCUACAGUAUUGGCUAAUAUAGCUCCCCUACUAAAUUAAGAGAGAGAACUGAUAUUUUGGUGCUAAUUAACAGAAUAUCAAAGGGGGGGGGGGCUUCCUCUUGCAGAGUAAAUGUGCAUGAUUGUAUAUGGAACAAGUACUUAGGGUACCAAGGUUGGGUGGGAGAGGGUGGGGAGAUGGUGAUCUCACUUGACUUGAAUGUGCACCUCAGGGUGCUUUGUGUAACAUAUUGUACACUACAGCAUCUUAUAUUUUUUGAGUUAUGAGUUUCAAUAAAAGGAAUUUUUUCACCCAUUUUGGUUGACUACAACCAGAUGUUGACAGCAUAAGAACAUUUGAACUGAGUGUGGUGUGUAGCAAUUCUGAAUUCCUGGCACAUGACCUGAAUGUGACAGUGUGUUUAUGUCUUAAUGCUGAUUGGAGGAAACUAUUCAGGAUGGGAUAUUCUAUUGCAAAAAAAAUGGCAGGGGGAACUCUAGCAAAAUUAAACGUGAGAAAUUUUUAUAAGGUAUGUCAAGAAGGAAAGGAGCAGCUCGCUAAAGUUGUUAACCUUAUCGUGAAAAAAAUGUAAGCCGUCUCCAUUAUAGGGAGCUUUGCCCAUAAGGAAUCCUAAUAUAGGCAAAAAUAAAUGAAGAUUGUCCCUGGAAGGAAACUGCAUUUCAGAUGGAGAAAGUGAAACUGGUUAAGAAGUUUCCUGUGACAAAAUAUAUUCUGAGCAUCUCCCCCUUUCCCUUUUAAAAAAAAAAGUAAGGAUUACUUUUUUCUUUAUCCUUUUGAUUUAAGGGGGACAAAAUCCAGAAUACGUAGUUUUCUUUCCUUUAUUGAAGCUGUUAAGUAAAAUUCAGCCAUUAAAUUGCUGUUAUUGCCUGAGUAAAGGAUACAUUUCAACUGUAGACCCUAAAUAUACUUUGAUAAGUAAACCAACUUAUAUACAUUGUAUUUUCUAAGUUAAAAAGUGACUAUAUCUUCAAAGCAUCUGUAUUGUAACAUUUCGUUUCUUUGCAAACACUCCCCCCUGCCCCCGUUCCAGUUUCUUUUUUGUUGUUAAUCCCUAGAUAUGUGUGAGAUGGAACAGGAAUUGCUUUCUAGAAUCAGACCAAAGACCUUUCAAAUCCUUUGUUUGUAAACAGUUGCAAGCCAGAUACCCCUAGUUACCUAACUCUGAAGAAGAAAUAAAAAGCAAAGAUGCCAAUUAAUAUUUGCCACAACUGGUGCUGGCCAGUCAUAUCUUUUGAAGACAGAUGUUGACUCUUCAGGGAAUUCAAAGCGUUUGUUCAGAACACAGUUGACUAGUCUACUGCUUUCUAGUAGCGUUCUUAAUCCAACGUCUGUUCAGUGUAUUUGUCAAACUGCAUGGAAUUUUCAGGUCUAAUCCAUUGGUCAGGAUUUACUAGCUUUAGCAUUGCAGUACCAUUAAGUAUAUUUGGGCAAUAUUCUGCUUUAAACCAGAUAAUGUUUUACCUAAUGUUUGGACGUAAUACUUUCUGUUUCCAGAAAUGCUCCUCUGCGCUGAACGAUAAGGUCAUAAGGUUGAAAAAUAGUCACUGUAGUACAGAUUUCCAAAGUCAUCAGUCAGACCAUCUCUUUAGUGCAUUAUUUGACCACGCAUGCAUCAGUGUACUAGAUUACCUUGACCUGAACGUGAGAAGGCUUUCAGUAAAUCAGUUUUUCUUAGAGGAAGGCUCUUUUCCCAUCCGCUGCAGUUGGUUUGACGACCGACUUUUCCACUGAGAGAAUUUCUGGUGUUUAAGAGUAAGAGUAAUGUUGAAUAGGCCAAUGUUGCACACUGGGAAUUAUAAAACAAAGAAUAAUGGCCCUAAAAUUUAGGGAAUUUGAAAAGGUAUACCUAGUUGUGGCCUCAGAGGUAUAAGUGCAGAAUAACAGAAACCAACAGCUCCAUUUUUUAAAUAUUCCUUUAAAACUAGUAGAUAAAAGUGUCAUUGGUUUUUCCUGAUCUAAUAUAUUGUCAUAUCACACAAUCUUUUUUAAAUUUCUAAAUUUGUAGCUAAGUAUCUACUCAAAAUGUGUGGAUAGCAAAUAUCCCCGAUAAAGUGUAUAGUAGUUAAAUGGGGGUUUGCAAGAUCUAUUCUUCUCCAAUAGGCCUUUUGAAUGGUGAUUCAAUUCUUUUACAAGAGGCCAAGUUCUAAUACAACUUUUAAGCAAUUUUUAAUUAUUUGUUUGUAGCUGCCUUUAAAAACAUCCUUCUUGCCUUAUCUUAUAUUCCUGUCUGUAGUAACUUGCCAAAAUCAAUGCACUAUCUCCAGUUAAUCGCUUAAGAUAAAUUUCCACUACAUAAAAUGAUAUCCAUUAAAUUGUAAUAAAUUUUUAUACUGAUGUUUAGGCUUGUUGGCAUGCUUUUUGGUUCUCUCUAUAUUUUGCACCUACUUUGGAAGUACUGCAUUUAGAAAGCAGCAGAAAAUUAGCCCUGCUACUACGUCAUGUGACAUUCUAAAGCAAAUAAGUAGAAUUAAGUUGAAGCACAGGGCGAUCCAGAAUUUUUUUUAAAAAAUGGGAUUAAGCAAGUGAGGUAUCAAGGCUGUAAAAAUGUAUAUGGAAUGCAAGGUGAAUUUAUUGCUGUAGUGAUUCAUCUAGAAUAUGUUUUUGUAUUGGAGAGUUAACUGUUAUGUAGAUUGGAUUUGAAU